UUGCCUUCAAGGGAAAUGUGAUGGGGGAUCUUUCUUCUCCAGGGCCUAACUAUUUGUUUGAUGAUAAGGGAGAUGGAUCAGACAAGAAAAACAUUGCUAUCAGCAAUAAUUCUUCCUCUCCGAGCAGUGGAACUUCUAACGGGUUCGCCUUUCAGGCUGAAACUUAUCAGCCUGAUGAGUCUCAUUCUUUAAUAAAUUUCUAGUCCGGGUAUGAUAAUUUCAUGCAUGCUAAUGCAUCGUCUUUGCUCAGCUUUGAGCAAAGCGAGAGGUCCUCAAUGUGGGAAGGUAACUUGAAUAAUAAUACUACUAAUCAAUGGAAUCCGAUGAAUCCGAAAUACAGCACGUCUAAUCCUCGCUUGAUGGAGGAUUUUAACUGCUUUGACACUGCUAGCAAUUAUGGCGUUUGGCUAUACACUGAUGCAACUACAGUCACUGAUUGCAUAUUGGAGUCUGGUUCAUCACAAGAUGCAACCUCCUUUAAGCGUCCACAUAUGGGAGAGAGCACGCAAGCUUUGAAGAAGCAAUGCACAAGUGUAACGUCCAAGAAGCCGAAUAAGGCUAAAUCAAUUACAUCAAAGGAUCCGCAAAGUAUUGCAGCCAAGAAUCGCAGGGAACGGAUUAGCGAGCGACUCAAGACACUGCAGGAACUUGUUCCCAAUGGCUCCAAAGUUGAUUUGGUGACCAUGUUGGAGAAAGCAAUCAGUUACGUCAAGUUUCUUCAAUUGCAAGUAAAGGUACUGGCAACAGAUGAAUUUUGGCCAGUUCAAGGUGGGAAAGCUCCUGAUAUUUCUCAAGUAAAGGAAGCCAUUGAUGCCAUACUGUCAUCUCAGAGAGACAAGAAAUCAAGCUCAAAGCAAUGAGUUGACAUUAAG